AUGCUGUCCCUAUCAGGGCGUGCUUUGCCACGCACCCUUCAUGUGCACCCCAACAAAACGCUGUGUGCUCUUCAAAUUCAGCGCGUGGCAUUGUUAUCCACAUCUUCGACUAAAGCGGCAACAGCACUUGAACGACAAGGCAAUGUUGGACGAUUGACUGCGUCUGGCCAAGUGCGGAAGGAGGUGCCUCUACCGAGCCAGGAGAAGAAAGAGGGUGCGAUGCAAUAUGUGCUGACCACUCUUGACCAAGUUGCGAACUGGGCACGCCAAAGCUCUCUGUGGCCAAUGACCUUUGGACUCGCCUGCUGUGCCAUUGAGAUGAUGCAUCUGUCGACACCCAGAUAUGACCAGGAUCGCCUCGGUAUUAUCUUCCGAGCUUCUCCACGCCAAUCCGAUGUCAUGAUCGUGGCGGGAACUUUGACAAAUAAAAUGGCGCCGGCUCUUCGACAGGUUUACGAUCAAAUGCCUGAUCCGCGCUGGGUUAUCAGCAUGGGUAGUUGUGCGAAUGGCGGUGGCUAUUAUCAUUACAGCUACUCCGUUGUCCGUGGUUGUGAUAGGAUAGUUCCCGUUGAUGUCUAUGUUCCUGGAUGCCCACCGACCUCCGAGGCGCUGAUGUAUGGCAUUUUCCAACUCCAGAAGAAGAUGAGGCACACACGGAUAACCCGCAUGUGGUACCGGCGUUAG